AGAUUCGAAGAGAUUCCCUUCUGAUACUCGAGUGUUUUCUUCCUGUUCAUUUCUAUAUCUUUUUGUUAUCAAUGCUACUUUUACUGGACUUUAUUGCUGAUUUGAUCACCGAUUGUUAGUAUUUGUAUAUUUUGUCACAACAACUGGACAUCAAUUCCCUGCAAUUUAAGGCAAUAUUUAGUGUUUUGGAAAUUCUAUCCAUGCAGAUAUUUUUGAGCAAUAAAAUCAAUAUUAUCUUCGAUGUAAAUCUCUGUUUGUUUAUAUAAUAACAUUUCAACUAGUUGCUAAUCCUUUAUUGUUUGCCUCAAACACGAACUCUUGUUCUUCAUUUCAUGGUGGGUUUUCUGAGCAGGCUGGUUGUACAAUAUUUAGCUGAUUCAAACAAUCCGAGGCGUCAGUUACAUUUUUUAAGCAAACAUCCUUUUACAAUCAUCAAAAUGGAUGCGACCAAAAAACCACUGCCCUUAGUAUUUGGAAACAAUGAACCUAUUCCAACUGAGGUUUCAAACAAGCCCAUAAGUGAACUCGAUCCAUGGGAGCGUAAAGUGCGAUUUAUAGGUGCUAUCCAAGCAGAUGACAUGGUUACAGUUAAAGCCAUAUUGAACGAAAAUUACAGUAAUGGACGUUUUCAGCCUGAAGAGAGUUAUACACCUUCGGAGCAAAUAUCAGCCAUAUGCAUGGCCAUUGAAAAAGGUAAUUUGGAAAUGGUACAAUUGAUGAUUGAUCAUGGAUGCAGUGUAAACCAUUAUACAUCAGGAUUCAGUCCACUACAUUAUGCGGCUACAUAUGGUCAACCAGAAAUAAUCAAGUUACUACUGAAGGAAGGAGCAGAUCUGAAUGCGCUUUCCUGUCAUGGAAACAAUGCUCUUCAAUUAGCCGCUCAAACAAAAUCACUAGAGGCUGUUCAAUUGUUGAUUGAUGCUGGGUCCAAUAUUGAAAAAGCAAAUGCUAAUGGUCAAACGCCAUUAGCAAUUGCCUGCAUAAAUAACCGCCUAGAGACUGUUGAAUUUUUAUUAAGACUUGGCGCUGAUGUUAACACUACCGAUAAUCGUGGUAAUACACCAUUAUUGCAUUCAAUUGACCAGUGUUUGACUAUAAACCAUCAGUUAGUUAAAAUAUUGCUCGAUGCUGGAGCAAAUCCAGAUCAUAUGAAUGAUAACGGUGAUUUAGCUUUGGUAACUGCAAUCAGACGGGCAAGUGAAACAAAUCUUGACGGCCAAUACGCUAUUAAAGAGCUGAUUGACCAUAAUUGUGCAUUGGACAAGGUGGAAGUGGGCUUUCUUAAACAAAACGCUAUACAUGUGGCCAUUUCUCGCAGUCAAGAUCGUAUAAUAGAAAUGUUGAUCAGAGCUGGAUGUGAUCUUGAUAUUAUGGGGAUCGAGGGAUAUACACCACUGGAAAGAUUAGUAAUGGCUGAUAAUUAUAAUAUGGUCAACUUAUUGCUAAAUGCUGGAGCCAAACCAGAAUUAUCUAAAAAAGCAAUUGAAAAGUUAUCAAGAUUUCGAGGUGAAGAAAGGUAUCCUUUACAACUUUUAAUAGCCGAUUGGAGAGGCAGAGUACAUUCCUUGAAACACUUAUGCCGACUUAAAUUUAGGCGCUAUAUGGGUCGCCAAUGUGGCAAUGUAAUUAGAAAUCAUCUUUUCAUGCCUGCCAGUGUUGAACGCUUUUUGCUGCUGAUCGAUCUUUAAUUCGCUUAAUACGAUAAUUCGUAACCGACUCUCAUCUUUACAAAUUCACCAUUAGCUAAUUUAAUGGUCCAGGCAUUAGCAGCCAGAGAUAUUAACUCUUCAAUUAUUUAACUUAUUGAGUAAAAAAGCAGCAGUUGUUUAGCAGAAUGAAUAGAAUGCUAAUUGUAACGGAAUCAUCGUGUUUCUUUUUUUUAUUAUAAUAUUGUUCUAUUAUAUUACUGAUUCAUAAGUGUCAAGUCAUUGAAUUUUUAACGAUUUACUGAUCAUUUGGAAAACUUGUAACAUUUUGUAAAGUGUUUACUAAGUCAUUCAAUUCUUUCACUCAUGAUCUCACCUCAAUUAUAAAUGUGAUGACCUCACCUCAGUGAUAAAUUCAUUUCUUUCUACGAGUGGACAUCUUUUUUGCUUUGAAUGCAUUUCUAAGUCUAACCUUUUCUUAUCUAUUAUUGUAUUAACAUUUUACGAUCAUUGUAUACCAACUAAAAAACUUGUAUCAUCAUUAACUUAAAUUUAAUGUUGUUUAGGAAA